UGGCCUCCCUUCGCUCACCCGCCGCAGCGUCUCCUGGUUCACCUCCGCCUUGCCCCGCACUCGCUCCGGCACGAAAACCACCGACAUGGUGGCGAGGAGGAGGAGGAGGAGGAGGAGGAGGAGGAUGGUAAUGGCAGCCGCUCCUUCUCGGAGUGGAGCGCAAAGGAUUCUGGGAGCCAGCGGCCCUCCUCUUUCUCCCUUCCUUUGGCGCUGAUUGGUUGCCCCGAGGCGCACUCACGCCAGGAAACGGUCGCUCUAGGCACCUCACCUCUAAGGUCUCCGCCGCGAUUGGCCAGCCCGAGCUGGAGGAGGCGGGCCGAAGAGAGCAACGGCGGUUAUUAUUAUUAGAGCUGCCUCCUUGACUCGUCUCCAGGGACAAGAGAAGCCGCCUGUGUUGUGCUUUUAUAAAGACUUCCAUUGCGAAAUCUGCUGCAAUACAGUAGGAAAGCUGGUGCCUGGCCUCUGGGGGUACUGAGCCCCAUACAUGCUGCUGAACAGAGUCCUCUGCAGUGGGAACAAGAAAAGAAGAAGGCGACUGUUUCCUCCAGCGCUGCACAGGAGCCUUUGCAAUGGCAGCGGCUGUGGCGACCAAGACCGCCUGGAAGCUACAGGAAAUCACUGCGCACAGAAGCAAUGUGUCUUGCCUUGUGCUGGGCAAAAGCUCAGGCCGGCUCAUGGCGACUGGUGGAGAUGACUGCCGGGUUAAUAUUUGGUCCGUUAACAAGCCAAACUGUAUUAUGAGUCUGACAGGUCACACAACGCCAGUGGAGAGUGUGAAGAUCAAUACGAAUGAGGAGCUGAUUGUUGCCGGAUCUCAGUCAGGCUCUAUUCGCAUCUGGGACUUGGAAGCUGCCAAAAUUCUCCGUACAUUAAUGGGCCACAAAGCCAAUAUCUGCAGCCUCGACUUCCAUCCUUUUGGAGGUUUUGUAGCUUCAGGAUCCAUGGACACCAACAUUAAGCUUUGGGAUGUGAGAAGAAAAGGCUGUGUCUUCAGGUACAAGGGACAUACGCAAGCAGUCCGGUGCCUCCGAUUCAGUCCAGAUGGGAAAUGGCUGGCAUCUUCCUCAGAGGAUCACACAGUGAAGCUCUGGGACCUGGCUGCUGGGAAGAUCAUGUUUGAGUUCAAGGGGCACUCAGGACCAGUGAACAUCGUUGAAUUCCAUCCCAACGAGUACCUUUUGGCCUCGGGUAGCUCUGACAGAACAAUCAGGUUCUGGGACUUGGAGAAGUUCCAGGUUGUGAGCUGCAUUGAGGAGGAGGCUACCCCAGUGAGGUGUGUGCUGUUCAAUCCGGACGGCUGCUGUUUGUAUGCUGGCUUCCACGAUUCCAUGCGUGUUUAUGGCUGGGAGCCUGAGCGCUGUUUUGACAUGGUUUUGGUGAACUGGGGAAAGGUAGCAGAUUUGUCCAUCUGUAACAACCAACUGAUUGGCGUAUCUUUCACACAAAGCCUGGUCUCUUCCUUUGUGGUGGACCUCAACCGCAUCACCAAAUGUGGGUCUGGUCUGCACGGAUUGAUCCGGGAUGACAAGCCCCUCGCUCAUCCCCCACCGGUGGGCUCCUCCCUCCGACGCAUCUACGAACGGCCCUCCACCACAUGCAGCAAGCCCCAGAGAGUGAAACACAACUCUGAAAGCGAGAGACGCAGCCCUAGCAGCGAGGAUGACCGGGAAGACAAGGAAUCCACUGCAGAGAUCCAGAAUGCAGAAGAUUACAAGGAAAUCUUCCAGCCAAAGAAUUCCAUCACUCGAACUCCACCACACAAGAGUGAGCCUUUUCCCGCACCUCCAGAAGAUGAAGCCCCGCUUGCCAAAGAAGCCUCCAGGCCCAGCCAGGCUGUGGACAUCCCAACCCCAGCGCCAAGCCAAGAGGAGGCUGACCCCAUCCAGAGGCCACCGAUCAGCUCCUCCACCCCCGUGGCCAGGACAGAACCAGCCGUUAUCCCCGCUGCCCGCAACGAGCCCAUUGGGCUGAAGGCCUCUGACUUUUUGCCAGCCGUGAAGAACCAAAGCCUGGCAGAAAUUGUCGAUGAGGAGGCUGUGUCCCAGAUCAGAAAGGGCCAUGAGACCAUGUGCGUGGUGCUCACCAGCCGCCAUAAGAACCUGGACACCGUGAGAGCCGUGUGGAGCACUGGAGACAUCAAGACAUCUGUGGACGCGGCUGUAGCCAUCAAUGACCUUUCUGUUGUUGUGGAUCUCCUGAACAUCGUCAACCAGAAGCCGUCCCUUUGGAAACUGGAUCUGUGCACCGUCAUCUUGCCUCAGAUAGAGAAACUUCUGCAAAGCAAGUAUGAAAGUUAUGUCCAGACAGGCUGCACUUCGCUAAAGUUGAUCCUGCAAAGGUUUCUCCCCCUGAUCACAGACAUCCUUGCUGCGCCACCCUCCGUCGGGGUAGACAUCUCCAGAGAGGAGAGGCUCCACAAGUGCCGCCUUUGCUACAAGCAGCUGAAGAACAUCAGCAACAUCAUCAAGAACAAAUCAGGGCUGAGCGGGCGCCACGGGAGCGCCUUCCGGGAGUUGCAUCUCCUGAUGGCCGCCCUGGAGUGAACGGCAGCUGCCCUCCCCUCCGGCCUCUUCCACCGCAAGGGGCUCCAGGACUCUUCAUUCCAGGCCAGUCCCGCUUUGGGUGUGCGUGUGUGGGUUUUCGUUUCGUGCCUCUGGGUCGGAGAAAUCCAUUUCAACCCCUUCUCUCCUCUCCUCCGAAGGGGUCUUUUCAGUCCAUAUCCACUCUGCAAUGCAAGUCAGUAUCAGGGAGUGGGCUGCAUACCCUUCCCCACUCCAUCUCUCAUUCAAUGUGCUGGAACUGGCUGUUCAUAAAACUGUAACUUAUAAAGAAUUUUAUUAAAAACAUUUGUAAUGCCUAUUUUGGAAAGCGGUGUGGCA